AUGCAAAUAUUCGAUCGACAAGCAUCGUCGAGAAACAAGUCAGUGAUCGAUCCAGUUCCUGACCAAGUUAAGUUUACUUUCAAUGCUAAGUCCGAACCACUUGCCACGAAAACACAAGACAAAUCAAAAUCGAAAACUAAAUCGGUAAGAAAGGUACGUAAAACAAACACAUCAGCAUCUGAAAGAAAUCAAAGUAACAUUAAAGAUGCAUUUGAGAAGGCGAGCAGGGCAAACAGUCCGACUGAAGAAAUCGGCAAUAGUCAAGGCACUGAUGAAGAAGUGACUUCGGCUUGGGACGAACAUGACGGAGUACCAUUGACACCUUCAAAACGACCAAAGAAUGGCGAUGACUCGUCCGACUCCGAGAGAACAGAGGCAACCAAAAAACGAACACGGAGAGGAAAAAGCAAAGCCACUGUAGCAGAAACGAAAGCGGUGACGCCAUCGAAAGAGGAAAAUGAGGAACCGGCUAGAAAACCUAAACCGGCCAAGAAGAAGCUUCAUCUCCGCCCAGUCAUCUAUUCCUCUAGCGAUGAAGGAAAUUCGGAGACAGAGGUCACAUCAGAAGAAAUUUCAGACGUAACGCUGCCACCCAAGACGCCACCAGCUAUCUCUCCUAUACCAGACACCCCAGAGGUUGUGCGCCAGCAACUGAAGAAGGGCCCAGCCAAACCAACAUCAAAGAAGGUCAAAGCAGCUAUGGCACUUGUCCAGAAAUUACAAGAAGACAAAGGAACAUCUGAAUCCAAGGCGACUUACAAAAAUGAUUUGAAGGAAGCCAUGACAUCAGAAAACAUGAAGCAGAAAUUAUCUAAGAUUGGAGGUCUGGAAGAUCUGAAGGCACGGUUAGCUGAUAUGGCUAAAACUAAAGCCAGUCUGAAAAAGGAUGUACCGAAACUUCAGAAGUUUGACAAAGUGGAUGUGGAAGUGCCAUCACCUUCGAAAGAAACAUCAAAGAAGGCUCCAGCAUACGAGAGAUUUCAUGCUCUGGCUACACCAGCGCCCCCUACGCUGACAAUGCCAUACAAGUACCGUCUACUUGGUGAUAUGUUCCGUAGCAUGGACACUGUUGUGAGCAUGCUUCAUAACCGCACAGAGACUUGUACAUUUUCCAAACUGAAGGCUGCAGUACAAUCAAUGACUAAAAGGAAUUUUGAGGAGAGCCACGUGGGCCAAGUAAAGACAGUGUACCCCACAGCUUAUACAUAUCGCCAACAAAAGGGAAUACCUGACUUCACCAGUAGUAAACCUGCUGGCUACCAGCUCACUUUGGAGGCUAAUCUUAAUGAAGAUGAAGAUGUAAAACAGAAGAAAGUAAACUUCACAGCCAAAGACUUAAUGGACAGACGCUGUGUCUUUCAGAAUAAGCUGCUCUCUAUUGUAAAACGGCACCACAAGGAGUUCCUGGCCAGGUUGGAUCAGCCUCUCACUGUCCCAGAUGACAAGAUAACACGUUGGCAUCCAAAGUUCUCUGUUGAUGAGGUCCCCGAUAUUGAAGUGUCAGAGCUACCCAAGCCUGUUGUUUCCCAUAAAUACACCACUGCAAAGGACGUCCUCGAGGCUCGUCGUGGACAUCUCCCAGCAAAGGUAGAACAAGCACUAGAGAAAGUAGCACUGACUUCUAAAGAGGAGGUAUCGAAAAAGGAAACUGUUAAAACAGAUGCUAAAAGUGUGAAUGCAACCAACUCGUCUUCCGGAUCCCAGUACAAGGGAAUUCCACAAUCACUCCUCGACAAGAUUCGUGAAAAGGAGAAUAAAAAGUUGACACUUGCGAUGACAAGAAACCCUGUGGAAGACAGGCGCAUGGAGAUGUUACAGAGAUUACCCAACCUGAUGCGGAUGCUGAGGUCACAUUUUGUCACAGAGAAAAAACCUGCCCUUCUGCUGGAAAAUAUCAUUCAGAAACUUGGAGACAGUAGUAGAAAUUUUAUACCCUAUGCGGCAAUGGAAAGUCAUGUGAAGUUGAUGAUUGAAGUUUUACCCAAAUGGCUAACCCUCGUUGAGAUAAAGAAAGGAAAGUACGUCAAGAUGGAUAGAAAUUUGGAUCUUCAAGUAUUGAUUGAAGAAGUGAACAAUCUCUUAAAGAAUAAAAGUUAG